UUCUAAUAGCAACUGCUGCAGCUAAGGGCCUGUCAGAUAACUGCCUCUCUGCCCUCGGACACACAGUUUGUCUGUACGUUUCUUCAUAAUCACUCCGUGGGACUGCUCACUGCAGAACAGUCAUGCAGGCUCAGGAAGUCCUGAGACAGCUGCGCUUCCCAGAGCUGGAGGAUUUUCGGCAUUACAUGCGCGGCCUGCCCACCAACGCACUCAUGGGCAUGGGAGCCUUCGCCGCCUUCACCACCUACUGGCUGGCCACCCGGCCGAAAGCCCUCAAACCGCCCUGUGACCUCGGCAUGCAGUCAGUGGAAAUGCCAGGAGAUGAACGCGCACGCAGGUCGGUUCUGAACGACAGCGACGAGCACUUUGAAUAUUUCUACAGCGACGCACGCACCAUGUACGAGGUGUUCCAACGAGGGCUCCGGGUAUCAGAUAAUGGACCUUGUCUAGGAGCGAGGAAACCAAACCAGCCGUACGAGUGGCAGUCCUAUAAACAGGUGGUGGACCGAGCGGAGCACAUUGGCUCUGCGCUCCUUCACAGAGGACACUCCAACACCGGAGACAAGUUCAUUGGGAUCUUCUCCCAGAACAGGCCAGAGUGGACCAUUUCGGAGCUGGCCUGUUACACGUACUCCAUGGUGGCCGUCCCUUUGUACGACACACUCGGCACCGAGGCCAUCGGCUACAUUAUCGAAAAAGCUGACAUCUCCACGGUGAUUUGCGAUGUACCUGAAAAGGCUGGGAUGAUCAUGGACUGCGUCAAAGGGAAUGGGCGGACGGUGAAGACCAUCGUGCUCAUCGAGCCGUUUGACAGCGAGCUGGUGACGCGUGGACAGGACUGCGGCAUCGAGGUUCUGAGUUUAAGGGAGUUUGAGGCCCUGGGUAAAGCAAACCUCCAGAAACCAAUGCCCCCCAAUCCAGAGGACCUCGCUCUGAUCUGCUUUACAUCUGGAACCACAGGGAACCCAAAAGGUGCAAUGCUUACUCAUGGAAAUGUAAUCUCCAACACUGCAGCUUUCAUUAGAAUAACGGAGACCAUUCUGAAGCCCAGCACUGAAGAUUGUCUUAUCUCCUUCCUCCCUUUGGCCCACAUGUUUGAGAGGGUGGUGGAGGGUGUCGUCCUCAUCCAUGGGGCUAGAAUCGGCUAUUUCCAGGGGGACAUUCGACUUUUGAUGGAUGAUUUGAAAGCGCUGCAGCCAACAGUGUUUCCUGUAGUCCCACGACUCCUCAACCGCAUGUUUGAUAAGAUAUUUAGUCAAGCCAACACGCCGCUAAAGAGAUGGCUGCUCGAUUUCGCUUUCAGCCGGAAGGCGGCAGAGAUGAAAACUGGUGUGGUCAGAAGGGACAGCAUCUGGGACAAGAUCAUCUUCAAAAAAGUGCAGGAGAGUCUGGGCGGUCGCGUCAGACUGAUCAUCACAGGAGCGGCUCCGGUGGCUCCGACCAUCCUCACCUUCCUACGAGCCGCUCUGGGCUGUCAGUUUUAUGAGGGCUACGGUCAGACUGAGUGCACCGCUGGCUGCUCCAUGUCCAUGCCCGGGGAUUGGACCGCAGGUCACGUCGGGCCUCCUCUGCCCUGCAACGCUAUCAAACUGGUGGAUGUGGCAGAAAUGAACUACAUGGCAGCCAAUGGAGAGGGAGAGAUAUGUGUCAAAGGACCAAAUGUUUUCCUGGGAUACCUGAAAGAUGCAGAGAGAACUGCAGAGGCCAUCGACGAGGACGGGUGGCUGCACACGGGAGACAUCGGGAAGUGGCUUCCUAACGGCUGUCUUAAAAUCACUGACAGAAAGAAGCACAUUUUCAAGCUGGCACAAGGAGAGUACAUCGCCCCCGAGAAAAUAGAAACGGUGUAUAAUCUCAGUGAUCCAGUGGCCCAGAUAUUUGUUUACGGCGAAAGCUUACAGGCAUGUCUGGUGGGGAUAGUGGUUCCUGAUCCAGACUUUUUACCUAUUUGGAUGAAGAAAAAGGGGAUCGAAGGCUCCUACUCUGAACUGUGCAGUAACAAGGAUGUGAAGAGCGCCAUUCUGGAGGACAUCCUGAGACUGGGCAAAGAGGCGGGACUCAAGUCCUUCGAGCAGGUGAAAGACAUUGCGUUACACACCGAGCUGUUUUCUAUCCAGAACGGCCUGCUGACCCCCACCCUAAAGGCCAAGAGGACUGAGAUUCGUAACCGCUUCAAAGAGAACAUUGAUGAACUUUAUGCCAAAAUUAAUAUGUAAACUGGGAUCGAGGAGUAGAGAAGGUGACCGUUCAGAGCACACCGCCAGAACCAAAUAGUUAAUGGAGGGGAAGUAUGUAUUGUUCCUGUACCGCUAACGGUCCCUGCUGUCACCGACUACACCGCCACCAUGUUACUGGAAUCAUUGAUCUAAGGGUUGAGGUUAAAAACACACAAAGGGGAAAUCUGACUUGCUCAUGCCUUAAACUGCGUUCGACCUCUCCACCGUCAGAAGGUAAAAACAUUUCUGCCAAUUUUGUAUUCUUGGGAGGCAGAAAGAAAUCCUAUUAACACGCUUUUACAUCUGUGACUAAUAUUGAGGUCUAUCUAUUUAAGUCGGUAUUUAAUGUAAUCAUUCAACUGUAAAUAUUGUAUCCGCUAAAAAGUCUAUUUGUAUGCAGAGUAUUUUGCCUGAUACUCUGCGGUUUAAAUUUCCUUCAUUCCCGUGUGUCUCCGUGCUGAAGGACUGAUGAACCCCUUCCUGUGCACAACUUAGAAAUUAGAAUUUUGGGAAGCUUUACAGACUUUUUGUGCCUUUUUGUGUUUUUUUGUUUAACACUGCACAGGAAAUAGGGAAUGUUACUAUUCUGAACAUGAUGUUGCUCUUAUUUCACAUUUGGUUGCCACAGGUCGCAGGAUAAAGCUGCACUUCGUCAGUUGUAUAAUACACUUGAGGUUUCUGGGUAAAUAUUUGAAACAACAAAGAUUGAAUGGAUCACUUUUCAUUUGAAGAAGCACGUUUUUAAAGAGAUUUAAUGUUCUUGUCAACAUUUCACGUUAACUUUUUUGUGUAAAACGGAGCAUGAAUUCAGAUGUUAAGUCUCAGUUCUCACACACAUUAAACACGUCGAGGCCACCUUGACAUUUCAAGCCA